AUGAAGCUUCUCUCUGGCUUUCUGUUCUUCCUCGCCACAGUGUGGACGGUGUCUGCCACCAGCGAUAAUCUGACUAGAGCAGUGACUUGGGACGAGUACAGCUUGAUGGUUAAUGGCGAACGGGUUUUCAUAUUUGCUGGCGAGUUCCACUACGAGCGCUUGCCGAACCCGGCACUCUGGCUGGAUGUUCUUGAGAAGUACAAGGCCAACGGCUUGAAUGCGGUAUCAAUAUACUUCUUCUGGUCUUACCACUCAGCCCGGAGAGGCGUCUUCGACUUCACCAGCCCCGGCAAGGACGUGCAGCAACUGCUAGACAUUGCAAAGGAAGUCGGCUUGUAUGUUAUAGCCAGACCAGGACCCUAUUGCAACGCGGAGACGAACGGUGGUGGGCUCGCUCUCUGGGGUUCGGACGGCAGCCUUGGUGAAGUUAGGACAUCCGAUGAUACCUACUAUCAAGCAUGGCUGCCCUGGAUCACAGCGAUAGGCACCAUUCUAGCCAAGAACCAGGUCACGCAAGGUGGAAACGUUAUCCUGGAUCAGAUUGAAAAUGAGUUGCAAGAGAACAGUCACACUGCCACCAAUACCCUCGUCGUCUACAUGGAGCAGCUCGAGAAUGCGACUAGGAAUGCUGGUAUUGUCGUGCCAUCUUCCCACAACGAGAAAGGAAUGCGUUCAAUGAGCUGGUCUACGGACUACGAGAACGUUGGUGGUGCAGUCAAUGUCUACGGUCUGGACUCCUACCCUGGCGGGCUCAGCUGCACCAACACCGAGUCUGGAUUCAAGGUCGUCCGAGAUUACUACCAGUGGUUUCAAAACUACUCGUACACGCAACCAGAGUACUUGCCAGAGUUUGAGGCAGGGUAUCUGUUAGGCUGGGGUACAUACUUCUACGAUCAUUGCCUUGAGGAAAACGAUCCAGCGUUCGCGGACGUCUACUACAAGAAUAACAUCGGCCAAAGAACGACGCUGAUGUCCCUGUACAUGGCCUUCGGCGGGACGAACUGGGGCAAUAUAGCAGCUCCGGUGGUGUAUACCUCGUACGAUUAUUCGGCGCCCUUGAGAGAGACCAGAGAAGUCCGGCCUAAGUUCAUGCAGACGAAGCUGAUCGGCUUGUUCACGAGGGUCUCUCAGGAUCUACUCAAGACUGAGAUGGUAGGCAACGGCACUGGCUACAGCGUCAGCUCUGCUGGUGUCUACUCGUGGGUGCUACGGAAUCCCGAUACCCGUGCCGGCUUCUAUACUCUGCAGCAAGCGAGCACUCCUUCUAGAGCAGUAGUGACCUUCUCUGUCUACCUGAAUACAAGCAUCGGCGUUAUCACAGUCCCGUCAGUCUCGCUCGAUGGCCGGCAGAGCAAGAUCCUCACCACCGACUACCGCUUUGGGAACCACACAUUGCUAUACAGUAGCUCAGACGUACUGACUUACGGACUGUUUGGCAAUGUCGCCGUUUUGGUCUUGUAUGUCGAGGUCGGUCAAACAGGAGAGUUUGCCUUCAAAGACGCAGCACGGAACCUAUCGUUCAAAGCUUAUGGAUCCACGAACGUCUCGAGCUCUGCAGGAUACCCAGGUACGAACACUACUGCUACUGGCCACUCAGCAUCGUAUACCAAAUACACAUACACGCAGACAGCAGGCUCGACAGUAGUGCGGUUCUCAAACGGUGUCCUUCUCUACCUGCUGGACACACAGACUGCAUGGACCUUCUUCGCUCCUCCCGCGACUUCUGACCCGCACGUUGCGCCAAGCGAGCAAGUCUUUGUGCUUGGACCGUACAAUGUGCGGAGCGUUUCUCUGUCAGGGAGCACGGUCUCUUUGGUCGGCGACAAUGCGAACACGACUGGGUUGGAAGUCUAUGCUGGCGCAAGCGCGAGACGGAUUGUCUGGAACGGCAUGGAACUGGCUACUAGACGUACUGACUAUGGCUCACUGAUUGCCACAGCGUCUGGUGCGAACGAUAGGUCCACCGAGCUGCCAACCCUGUCUUGGGUAGUAGCGGAUGCCCUACCGGAGGCCCGACGAGACUACGACGACUCGAGAUGGGUUGUGUGCAACAAGACUACCACGCUGAGCCCUACCGCGCCGCUCACGCUUCCCGUGCUCUUUAGCUCCGACUAUGGCUACUACGCUGGUAUCAAGAUCUAUCGAGGCUAUUUCGAUGGCACCACAGCAACUUCGGCCAACAUCACUAACCAGGGAGGAGCAGCAGCUGGCUGGAGCGCUUGGCUGAAUGGCAAAUUCGUCGGUGGCAAUACGGGCAACGCGACUUUAUGGGCAACAUCGGGGCUUCUGGGCUUUCACGGCGCUGCUCUGUACAAUAAGAGGAACGUCCUCACCAUUGUCUCUGAUUACACCGGCCACGAUGAGACGUCGACCGGCCCUGGGGGUGUUACGAACCCUCGUGGUCUCCUAGGUGCAGUACUGUACGGCGGCAACAGCACCCUCAACUUCACGCAAUGGAAGAUCCAAGGUAAUGCAGGCGGCAACUUGAAUAUCGAUCCAGUAAGAGGUCCUCUCAACGAAGAUGGCCUCCAUGGCACACGGCUUGGCUGGCACCUCCCUGGAUUUAAUCCAACUGGCCCAGCCUGGACAGCAGGGUCUCCGUAUUCAGGCCGAAAUGCGAGCGGAAUCCGCUGGUACAUCUCCAAGUUCAACCUGUCAAUCGAUGCGGAUUUGGAUGUGCCUCUCGGUAUCGAGCUCAAUGCUCCGUCCGGCACUUACGCCUCUGUUCAGCUCUACGUCAACGGCUACCAAUAUGGCAAGUUUAUUCCACAAAUCGGACCGCAGACACGAUUCCCAUUUCCACCCGGCGUGAUUAACAAUCGCGGCGAGAACACGAUCUCCCUUGCCUUGUGGGCACAGACUGAUGCACCAACUCGGCUCAGCAACUGCACACUCUUCGCUUACGGCGCGUACCAGACCGGUUUCGACUUCUCUCGGGAUUGGAGCGAUCUACAGCCUGGAUGGACAGAAGACCGUUUGCAGUAUGUAUAG